AUGGAGCUAUCCCAGCUCCUCGGUGGGAUCAGGGCAAACUAUGAAAGGCUCACCACCAGAAAUCAGAUAAAGACCCCUCGCUCAGCAAGGACGCAGCUAGAAGAAGCUACAAUUAAAAGAAUGGACAGAGAUGCAGAAGCAUUAAAGGCAGCCAGAGCAGAACUCAGUGAAGCCAGACGGCAGUGGCACCAUAUGCAAAUUGAAAUUGAAUCGCUCCAUGCUGUGGAAAAGGGUUUGGAACGUUCACUGCGUGCCACAGAGCAGCAGUACCAUAUGCAACUUCAAAAUUUAGAAGCUGAGAUUGAAAGCUUAGAGAAAGAGCUACAGGAAGUGAGAAGAGGGAUUGAGAAACAGCUUCAAGAACAUGAAAUCCUACUGAACACUAGGAUGAAGCUGGAGGAGGAAAUAGCAACAUAUCGCAGUCUGCUUGAGCAAGAGGAGAACAGGUUUCGUUGUUCUAUACCUGACCAAAAGGAUGACAAAAAGCCUACUACUAGCAAGAUUGCCUUUACGCUGCCUUCCAAUGGUGUAAAGAAGCAUGAAACAGAGAAGACGGAAUUGGUGACAAAACAAGCCAUUCUAGAUGGCAAUAUUACAAAGGAAAGUGCUGAAGCUCAUGGCACUAUACAGACAGAAAAAGUGGAUGAAGUUAUCAAAGAAUGGGAAGGUUCCUUCUUUAAGGACAACCCUCGCCUAAGGAAAAAAUCAGUUUCACUGCGCUUUGAUCUCCACCUGGCAGCAACCAACGAAGGAUGCUUACACACAAAGCAGAAAAUGCUCCCGGACAUUGAAGUCAGGCUGGUAAUGAGGAGGUCUUGCAGUAUUCCUUCCAUCAAACCUUAACCUACAGCAAAUUAACACAAGGGUCAUUUGCAAUGGGCUCUGGAAAUAAACUGCAAAGCGACUUACAUGGUCUCUAUCUUGCUAGAAUAUAAAACCUUAGCAAGUCUGUACUUUGAUUAAUAAAAUUAAAAUGUUAAGUCUUUUAAAGGAAAGGGAGAAGGACAAGGGAGUUAGAUUUCAGAAUCUAACUUCUACUAGUUUUUUACUCUGGGUAUGGUUCUUUAAUUUUCUCAUUAUUAUUGUUAUUUUGUAGUAUUACAUCAAGUAUUUAAGAGUUAAACUAUAUCUUUAUAUCUUGACAUAUGCUGUCUUUGUAAAAGAGAAAUUGCUUUCUCUUUCUGGAAAUGAGAAUUACAUAUUUUAUCCUCAUAAUUACUCACUGUAGCAUACUCAUAAUGACUGAUGAAACCUUGCAAUAGUUUAUACCACAACUGUCAUACUUACCAAAAUGUAUUUUAAAACAUUUUCUAAAAACAAAACAAGAAAUAUAUGCAAAGAUGCUCUUAAAAUAUGUAUCAUUAGCCUCAGUACGGAUCCAGUGUUGUUAAUACUUGAGUAUUUGGCAUCCUGAAUGUAAUAGCCUGCCAUUUUCACUAUGCAGUGUUUCUUUGUGCUUAUACUGUGUACAUUUUACAAUACUUGAACUAAGU